GAUCUCUUGCUGCAUGUCUAUUGAAGAAGGAGACAUGGAGAACAGAUGCAAUAAUGCAUGAACUGAUUCGAACAAACAAACGUCUUUUGUUAGUGGUGGGAUGGAGUUGCUGUUUGGCAAUCAAAAGUCGAUUCAAACUAGAGUGCCAGCACACUUCCCUCUCGAGUCAGGGAUUGAGGACGUGAGUACGGCUGAGGAACGACAUGCAACAAGAAUCAGGGACCUGAUUCCGUGGAUCAGUAGAACACUGCUGAAGGAGCGACCGGAGCUAUUUAUCGGAGACGAUGGCUCAGUCCGAUCCGGGAUCCUGGUUCUCAUCAAUGGGGCGGAUUGGGAGCUUGAAGGCGAGCUUGAGUAUGAGCUGCAGGAUCGGGAUGAGAUUGUCUUCAUCUCGACGUUGCAUGGAGGAUAGGCCGGGUGCUACUAUGUUGGUUCCCUGUUCCUGCAGAAUAAAUAAAUUUGAGGGUGCGAGAUAUGAGAGUAUAAAGUUUGGAUGAGACAGGUU